ACUCACGAUGACCCGGAAGUGGUUGCCGGGUCCCUCCAUGCGCCGGCACUUGGCAACCACCGACCAGGGCCGAGAGAACACGCUUGAGCCCCAGCAGCCGCCCAGCCCUGACUUUGAGGGGGACUCCCCAGUUGCUGCCGUGAUGCUGCGGGGGGCGCCUGAGGGGCAGGUCACCGCCGUCACCAGAGCCCUGUCUGCGGCUUCUGUGCUCUGCCAAGUUGAACCUGUGGGAAGAUGGUUUGAAGCAUUUAUUAAGAGGAGAAACAUACACGUUUCUGCCUCUUUCCAGGAGCUGGAGGAUGAGAAAGAGCUCUCCGAAGAGUCGGGAGAUGAAGAAUUACAGCUGGAAGAAUUUCCUAUGUUAAAAACACUUGAUCCAAAGGACUGGAAGAAUCAAGAUCACUAUUCCAUUCUUGGGCUUGGGCAUAUAAGGUACAAGGCCUCUCAGAAACAAAUCAAAGCAGCUCAUAAAGCCAUGGUCUUGAAACACCAUCCAGACAAGCGAAAAGCAGCAGGAGAACAGAUCGGUGAAGGUGACAAUGACUAUUUUACCUGUAUAACAAAAGCCUAUGAAAUUUUGUCAGAUCCUGUGAAGAGACGAGCAUUUAAUAGCAUAGAUCCUACUUUUGAUAACACAGUUCCUUCUAAAAGUGAGGCAAAGGAAAAUUUCUUUGAAGUUUUUUCACCAGUUUUUGAAAGAAAUGCAAGAUGGUCAAAUAAGAAAAAUGUACCUAUACUUGGAGAUAUGGAAUCAUCAUUUGAAGAGGUAGAUGGAUUUUAUUCAUUCUGGUAUAAUUUUGAUUCUUGGAGAGAGUUUUCUUACCUAGAUGAAGAAGAAAAAGAAAAAGCAGAAUGUCGAGAUGAAAGAAGGUGGAUUGAAAAGCAGAACAGAGCAGCUAGAGCACUAAGGAAAAAGGAAGAAAUGAACAGAAUAAGGACUCUGGUUGACAAUGCAUACAGCUGUGAUCCAAGAAUUAAAAAGUUCAAGGAAGAAGAAAAAGCAAAGAAGGAAGCAGAAAAGAAAGCAAAGGUAGAAGCAAAACGAAAGGAACAGGAAGAGAAAGAGAGACAAAGGCAAGCAGAAUUAGAAGCAGCACGGUUAGCAAAGGAGAAAGAAGAGGAAGAAAUCAGACAACAAGCACUGCUGGUGAAAAAAGAGAAGGAUAUACAGAAAAAAGCAAUUAAAAAAGAAAGGCAGAAACUGCGAACAACCUGCAAGAACUGGAAUUACUUUUCUGACAAUGAAGCAGAGUGUGUGAAGAUGAUGGAAGAAGUAGAAAAGCUGUGUGACCGUCUGGAGUUGACAAGUCUGCAGUGCUUGAACGAAGCACUUACAUCCACAACAAGGGAAGAAGGAAAGGCUGCUGUAGAAAAACAGAUAGAUGAAGUGAAUGAACAGAUAAGGAGGGAAAAAGAAGAAGCAGAUGCUCGUAUGCGACAAGCAACAAAGGGCUCUGAAAAAUCAACAGGUGGAGGCAUAGGUGGAAGUAAGAACUGGUCUGAAGAUGACUUGCAAUUACUAAUUAAAGCGGUAAACCUCUUUCCUGCUGGAACAAAUUCAAGGUGGGAAGUGAUUGCCAAUUAUAUGAAUUUGCACUCUACUACAGGAAUAAAGCGAACGGCAAAAGAUGUUAUCAACAAAGCAAAGAGCCUCCAGAAACUUGAUCCUCAUCAAAAGGAUGAUAUAAACAAGAAAGCUUUUGAUAAAUUUAAAAAAGAGCAUGGAGUUGUGCCACAGACGGACAGUGCUGCACCAUCAGAACGCUUUGAAGGUAAAUGCAAAAUAAAUAUUGGUAAACUAUUCAGCAUCCUGUGGAACACCCUGCUCUGGUUUUUCCAUGCUUCCAGUUGUGCCACUGGAUGUGUGUGGCAGUUUUUCCUUUGCAGGCCACUUCUAUGCUCCAAUGAAAUCAGUGUAACCCAAAACAAUGCCAUUUAUACAGUGAAGGCCUCUUUCAUUCUUCUUUGUCAGAAGCCACAGGAGCCAGGUUCAUGCAGUAUCCUGUGAGCUGUGGUGCCUAGUUGACAAGCCUCUAAAGAAUCACAUAUUCUAGAGUUGUGGGCAGAGUCGCAGUUGAAAGAUGAACGUUACCCCAUAGGGCUUUUUGCAUUGCUACUUUUCACUUGGAUGUUGUUGAUUUAAAUACUUUGUGCUCAUUUCCAUGUGUGUCAUUUUCCAAUAGCACCAUUUACAGAUUCAUCUCCUUGGACAACAGAAGAGCAAAAACUUCUAGAACAAGCUCUGAAGACAUAUCCAGUAAACACUCCUGAAAGAUGGGAGAAAAUAGCAGCUUCUGUUCCAGGUCGAUCUAAAAAAGA